AAUGAUGAUUAUCAAGAAAACUGGCCUGAGCAUCAACAAGAAAAUGAAAAACUAUGGAACUGUGAUGAAAAAGAAUCCACUUGUUCGAAUCUUUCUAAGGUUUCAGACAUAGUUGUUGAAAAGACUAAUGAAAAUUACUUUGAAUUUGAAUUAUUGGUUCUGGUGUUGAUAUUGAUGCCCUUUUCAGCAGUGUUGAGCUGGAUUUGCGGUGUUCUACUAAUAUAUAGAGCAAAAUUCUUGUUGGCAAAAUUGAGAUUAGCAGAUAGCAAUUAUAUUACUUUUCUUGAUCCUCUCUUGAUAAAAUAUAGCCAGACUUCGAUUAAAGAUGUUUUUCAAUACUCCAAUAGACCUAUUGAAGACACGAUAAACCAAAUAUUGGAGGAUGGAAUUGAUUGUUUGAAGAAUAUACCUGCUAUUGAAGUUUGUAUCAUUAAUGAAAUAUAUUAUUCUUCAGAUAAUCGAAGAUUGUAUUGUAUCAAAGAAGCAAUUAAGAGAGGGUUAAAAGUUGAAAAGAUAUCUAUCUUGAUCAAAAUAGUAACAGAUACGAAUAUUUAA